AUGAGUGUACUGGAAAUGAUAUUUUUUAAGAUUUCUACAAGCAUAUGCAAAUGCACACCAAUGAAUAUCAGCUUAGCAACUUCAGCAGUGAGAGAACUUUUAAUUUAUCUAGAGUUAAACACCGCUACUUUAGCUAAAGAAAAGCAAGCGCUAGUUAUUCGGGCAAGACACUUUUCCUCUUGGGCACAACGUUUCUCUGGAGCACUACGUUUAUUGGACCUCCGCACUUUAGCAUUUACCGGUCUCAUAAAGAGUGACUUGUCCGUCAUCCAGCAAUCUUAUCUGGUCCCUGACCACCCAAAGUAG